UAGCUUGACAAUAAUGGCGGUGGUAGCGUAGAGCUCACUGUAAAUAAUCCGAACAUCAGGACCUUUCUCACGUUUUAGAAGGAUACCACCCGACCCCUGCCAACAUUUAGUUAACCAUACUUCGAGGUGCUCAUACGCUUCGAUAUCGACUGGUAUUAAUAGUGAAUGUGAGGUCAAUCAAACCAAGAACAACUUUUGCCGUCUUGUUUCAUUUGCUCCAGAUGAAUUAGUGGAUCAAGAUGUCCAAAAUAAGAGAGCAGCAGUCGAUGAAGUUUUCUGAAUCUAUCGGAGCGACCCAACCGAGUCAUUCACAGAAAAGUGGUAGAAUGAAUCGUACACCAAGUGACAUCAUAAGUUAUGAGGAUCUUUUAAUUGCACAUUAUCUUGAAGAACUUCGUAAACAACCCCCACCACUUGCCAAGAAAAAACCAGACGAACGUUCUUCUUUAACCAGAGGAAAACAGCAAAAGUUGAGUUCACCGUACUUGCAGAAACUACCCCAUAGUUCCCUGUUUUUGUUACAACAAUCAUCUUCAAAAUCAAAGCGACCAGUUUCUGCCACCCAAUCAGCUAGGCUAGCAUCCCGGGAAAAACAGAGGAUUGACCCCAAGUUUAUUGCUGAUGCAAACAAAUGGGAACCUGACAAUCAGAGGAGUGACGAGGAAAAACAAGGAGAGGACGAUAAGAAGAAAAGGGAAAGGCCAUCAAGUGCUCCAGCAAGAACAAAAAUCAUAUGAGACCUACCAGUGCCAAGUCAACGACCUCGACAGUGUCAAGAAUCUCAAUGAGGUCAUCGUAUUCCACAUCAGGACGUCGCAACAGACCAUUCUACAGGACACCAACCACCAUCAAAUGUACAGCUUAUAAAAAUGGACAUAAAGACAUAUUUGCAGAAAUAUCUGCACCCAAUAUUAAAAUAUUAUUGGAACAGUGUACAGUGAAGCUAGGAUUAACAACAGCUGCACGGAAAGUCUUUCUAUCUAAUGGUAAAGAAGCACUCUUACCCUCGGAUAUUGAACGAGGUGAUGAUAUUUACAUCUCAUGUGGAGAACCAUUCAAAGAUCCUACCACAUGUGAAAAAAGCAAUAUAGAAAUGAAGAAGUCUGCUUCAUGGACAGUGAACGGUGUUGUGUUUGCAGAGGAAAGGAAAAAGAGAAAGACUAAACCAGCUUUGUCAAAGCGCCUCAGGAGUAUGUUAGCUCAGAAAAACAGACGAGUGAUGGUUUUCAAAAAUGGGGACGGUCAGGAGAUGGCGGAGGUUGUAGUCUCAAUGGACAAGUUUGCUUCUUUUCUUGAUGACUGUACUAGUAGACUGAAUUUAACCACACCAGCAAGGGCUGCCUAUACAUGGCAUGGUGUAGCUAUCACAGAUUUGCAUGAUGCCCCUAAGCUUGAUAAGUGCUUACAGACAAGUACAACACCUGUAAUUGGACCACUGUGGAUUUCCAAAGGAGAAGGCUUCAGUCCAUCAGGCACCAAGGAUUUUCUGAAAGCUGUGAUUACUCACUGUAAGCAGAAAAUCAAAGGACUUGAGCAAUACAAAGAACAGUUGGAGUAUGCACAGGAUGGUGAGAAGGAUAAGGUGACAGUGAGUAAAAUACAAUCCAUGGAUGAUGAUGACAUUUAUGAAGAGAUGAAAGAAACUGAUGGUCACAUUAGUACAUUCAAAGCCGCUCUCAAAAAACUGAGAGAAGUCAACCGAAAUAUUAACAUAAUGGUAUCACAAGAAGAGGCUGCUGGACAUGAGUACAUAUUGGGGCACAUUAAAGAGAUAAGUAGCUCUGAUAGAUUGGUUGGAACUCCAGGUAUUAAAAUCAAGGUAUUUCAGAAUGGAAAGCCUGAAAGAGAAGAGGUGAUUUAUGUUAACAUGAAAGAAUUAUCAAAGGGUGUUAACUCAGGUCAGAAACUUGGAGAUUCAGGAAAGGAUCCUAUAGAUGCAAAAACAUUUAUAAUGCAAAGGCUAUUAGAUCAAAUUGGCAACAGAUAUGGUGGUGCUUGUAAACCACGGCGACUCUUUACAAAGGAUAGUGUUGAAAUCAAAGAUGUGUCUGAACUAGAGCAUGAACAAGAAGUCUGCUUUACACUGGGAGAAAAUUACAAGUCUAGCCAAGUGUUUGUGCUACAGUUGCAGUUGGAUAAAGUGCGAGGUUUUAAUUUAUUUGGUGAAAGGAACGCAAUAAUGAAAGAGCCAUUGCAAGCAGAUGACUAUGGUGCUGGAAGAGAAAAACACAGCCAGUGGGAAGCUUGCAUAGGAUUUCCAUUGAUCUAUGAAUUUGAAGAUAUCAAUAUGAAUAUGGACCAAUCAUCAAGAGAACAUAUCAUGUCAAAUCUGAAACUACAAGAACUUGAUACAAAAUCACACUUUAUGCAGUUAAAGGACAACCUCAACCUUGUUCUGUAUCCAGAUGUAAUUGUAUCUGACAAAAAGAAAUGGAAUGAUAAAGGAAUGUGGCCUCCACAUGGCCAGACUUGGGUCAUCAGCAAGUCUGGUAUGAUUUCCUGUAAAGCUAUGCCGAGUAUGUCACUAACUGCAACUGAAUACAAGAUUGAUGCUACACUUCCAGAUAAAACGACUGAAUUACAUGGAUUUGCUGUAGCUAUGCAGAAAAAAAUGCUUGAAAACCCGGCUCAGCAGUGGGGAUUCAGUCCUGAAGGCUUCAUUUAUUCUCUGGCUCAACCAAGUUUAGUAUUGACAUUUAUUGGUGACUUGUCCAUGGAAUCCGAUCCAAUAUGUGUUGGUGACAGUGAUAGGCAGUAUACUGGUCAGACAUGUGCAAUUGCAGUGGUAGAGAAAUUUGCUGCGAAACACUCUGAGGCUAGGAGACAAAGAUUUGCCAUCAAGCAAGAAAUCCUGCAUAAGAUGGGACAGUGGAAACACUCUAAAGUGGACAAUCCACUGUGGAAUAAAUUAGCAUAUUCUUGGCCUGUCACUGAAGAUGGAACCUGGAAUGAGACGUGGGCUUGGCUCUCAGAGAUAGAAUGCCUGAGAAACAGUGGGGGUGAUGAUGCUUGGCCUGCUUUUUCCACAGUUUUACCGAUUCGUCUCCGUGUUCUGAAAAAUGGAGAACGGGAUUUUAAGAGAGCCGCACUUGUGGUUGGACCAGAUUUGACAAAUGUAAGUUGUGAAUUAUUGUUUUAUCUAAUGCCAUGGUUACAUGGGCUGUAG